AUGACGACGUAUUUUCUACAGAUCCUCCAGUUGCCGGUGAAGAAAUUGAAAAAGAAAAAGAACCACCAGUGGAAGAAACGACUUCUGCCGAACGAUGCCGAGGAAGAGGAAGCAGUCCGCUUGAUGAAUGCCGAGUACCUAUCGGUAGAAGCUGAAAAGAGUGCAGCUGACGACAGCGAAAAUACACCAGGAGCUAUGGAUCGACAGAAAUUUCGCAAAGAACUGCAAAGAGCAGCCGAUCGAUUUGAAGAAUUUUUGGCAACCCGACCUGAAACAGAAAAAAGGUUUGAAAAACGUCCUACGGCGCGACCAGAGGAUUACAUCAAUCUACUCCCUGCUCCUAGCCCUAAGGUGGUAGAAGUCCAAAAAUUUCUCCAUGCUAGCCGUCUUCCUCAGGAAUAUGAGCAAGAAAUGUCAACUGAUUCAGAGGAAGAAGACGAAGAAGAAGAAGAGGAAUUGCUCCGAGAAAACUCAGACACGGAAAUCGAAGACGAUGACACUAGUGUGGGCAGCAUAUCCGACACAGAGGUGCAGGUAGAAAUUACCCCUGCAACUCCAGAACAAGUGAAUCAAUAA